AUGUCUGAAUUCAAGGUCAAAGCGGGUUUGGCUCAAAUGCUCAAAGGUGGUGUGAUCAUGGACGUGGUCACCGCUGAGCAGGCUAUCGUUGCUGAAAGAGCCGGUGCUUGUGCUGUGAUGGCUCUGGAAAGAAUUCCAGCCGAUAUGCGCAAAUCUGGUCAAGUGUGUCGUAUGUCUGAUCCAAAGAUGAUUCGUGACAUUAUGGCUGCCGUUUCGAUCCCAGUGAUGGCCAAAGUAAGAAUCGGCCACACAGUUGAAGCUCAAGUGUUGGAGGCUCUAGAAGUGGACUAUAUCGACGAAAGUGAAGUAUUGACGCCAGCAGACAAGGUCAAUCACAUUGUCAAGAACAACUUCAAAGUGCCCUUCGUGUGUGGAGCCAAAGACCUCGGUGAAGCGCUAAGACGCAUCAACGAAGGCGCUGCCAUGAUCAGAACCAAGGGCGAAGCCGGUACCGGUGACGUUUCCGAAGCUGUAAAACACAUCACUCAAAUUCGUGGCGAAAUCGCCCAAGUCAUCGAAACCGUCAAGACCGAAGAGCAAUUCGAAGCCAAGGCUAAAGAGCUACGUGUUCCUGUCGCUUUGCUCAAGGAAGUCGUGGAAUUGAAGAAGCUGCCUGUGGUCAAUUUCGCCGCUGGCGGUGUCGCCACUCCAGCUGACGCAGCUCUGCUGAUGCAAUUGGGUUGCGACGGUGUGUUUGUUGGCUCCGGUAUCUUCAAGUCGUCCAGCCCAGAAAAACUCGCCAGAGCUAUUGUGCAGGCCACUACUCAUUACGAAGACCCCAAGAAACUUUUGGAAUUCUCCACUGAUUUGGGUGAUUUGAUGCCUGGUACCAGCAUUGACAGCAUCAACAAGGCCAACGGCACUCGUCUUUCUGAGAUUGGAUGGUAA